CCUCGGCGCACGUUAGCAUCAGCCCCUUCCUUUCUGGGACCUUCGAUUUUUCGAUUUUUGCCGUUCUUUUAUCUGGCAAAUAUGUGCUAAAGAUUUGUUUCUCCCAAAUUUCCAUCAAACCCUAUCGCUCCUUGCGCCUCACAUCAAGCUUGACGACGCUAUCGUUCAGAUCCGUAAUUGUUUUCGUGAGAUCCUCGAUCCGUCGCUCUGAUUUUGGUGGUUUCGCGUCCGGUUUCCUUGAUUUUGAGGUUUGUGGACUUGGUUUCUUUGCAACCACUGUCCAUAUCUCCCGCCCUUGUCUAAGGAUUAUGAGUGCAAUGCGGGGAUAUGCAAGAGAUGAGUAUGAAAACUGGGAUGAGUAUGAAGAGGAUGGUGAUGAGUAUGAAGAGGAAGAAGGUGGUGACGAUGGAUAUGAAGAACCAGAGCAGCCUACACAGGAGCAGCUAGAAUAUCUUGCACUAAGGCAAAAGCUAAAAGAUUCAAUAAGAAAGCAGAGGAAGAAGGAAGCAGGGGUGACAAAUGCAAAUUCUCGUGACAAAACAAGUACAUUGCGCAAGGACAACUAUGGUUCCUUCUUUGGUCCUUCGCAACCUGUUAUUGCUCAGAGAGUGAUUCAAGAAAGCAGAUCCUUGCUGGAGAAUCCUGAUUUGGCAGCCAAAAUAACUAAAUCUCAUACUACUAAUAAGAAGAGCUCUGGGGGGUCAGCUGCCCAUGCCCCACCUAAACCUCAAUCAAACUCUCGGCCAACGGUUAUGAAUGGCGUGAAGAAGAAAGUCCAAAUGCUAAAAGAUACAAGGGACUAUUCGUUUCUAUUAUCAGAAGAUGCCGAGGUUCCGGCCCCCUCUAAAAAUCCUCCUCCUAGAACUGUAUCGACCCCCAAGUCUGAUGCACGACCAGCUCAAGUUCCGCCAAAAACCAAACAGGUGGUCAAUGAUCGUGGAAGAGAAAUUCCUCAUUCCCGUGAUGUAAGGAAGCCAAUGGUUCCAAGCAACCAAAACAAGCCUAAAGUCGGGUUCGAGAGAUCUAAUGGCAAACUACCAGUAGAACCAAGGAAGCAGCAGUUGGUUCACAAUAAUGGAAGUGGGCCCGGUCGGCCAUUGCCCCACAAAGGAGCUCCUUCGAAGACUUCUGUACCUGCUACAAGGAAAAUCACCCCUCCCGUUGCCAAACACACUGUGCCUGGUUCACAGAGACCAACCCCUUCAUCCCAACAUGCCCCUGAACGUAAACGACCAUUGUCACAAGUGCAGCAUAGCUUGCAAAGACGGAGUCCUCCUCGUGGCCAGCCGUCUGUUGUGAAUAAAUCAUCAGUGCAAAGAAAGGAGUAUCAUGAAACGAGCAGGCCAAAGGCCUUGACCAAACAGCCAUUGCCACCUUCUAGAGAUCAGCAGAUGAGGCGACCACCUCCGAAACCUUCAGCUCCUCAACAUGAAGAGAGGCCCAAACCGAAACCUAAGAGGAGGCUUGAUGAUGAUUCUGAUGAUGAAAAUGCGAUAAAUAUGAUAAGAAAGAUGUUUGGGUAUAAUCCUAACAAAUUCCGAGACGAUGAUGAUGUUAGCGACAUGGAGGCCGGUUUCGAUGAUAUUAUGAGGGAGGAAAAACGAAGUGCAAAAAUAGCUCGAAAGGAAGACGAAGAGCAGCUGCGAUUGAUCGAAGAGGAGGAAAGACGGGAAAGAAUGAGAUUGGCUAAGAAGAAGCAGAAGGUUAGUCGAUGACGAUCCCGUAACAAAUAAAUAUCUGAGCUCCACUUGUUCCGGUUUUCUCGUUAGACCUAAAAACUUAACUUUUAUUGCCAAGAAGGUAGUGGGUAGGGUGGUCUUCUUGUUGGGGAGUAACAUAGAUAGAUAAUACAUCAUUCAUGAAAUUUGGAUUGACAAAAUUUGCAGAUGAUUGUAGUGUUUGAUUUAAUCCAUCAAUUCAAUUCCCCAUUGUUUUUAUUUCUUGGCCUGUAUGUAUGUAACAAAUUCAUAAUUGCAAAAGUAGCACCAAGUUUUAAUUGUGCUGUAA